AUGUUGUUUAUUUCGCCUAAAAGAAUCAAGGGAAUACCCAACGUGUUCUCUAACAUACCCAUAUACGGAAAUCUAUCCUUAAUUUUUCCACCUGCUAAAAAAUGGUCGGACUCUCCUUGCUUGAAGUUCUACCGUCUUUCACAAAAAUACGGAGAGGUAUUUCAAGUUAGAUUUGGAAAUCGAUUGGUUGUUGUGGCCAAUUCCUACGAUUCUAUAAUAAAAUUAUGGUGCUGUAAAAGUGUUCGAGGAAACAAUUCCAGGCCUAUAAGCGAAACUUUCCAUAACCAGCUUUCCAGAGAGGGAAUCUAUACUAUAGGAACAACACCAUUUGGCCCUGACUAUCUGAAAAUGCGUAAGUUUGUUUCAUCAAAUGUUCUCAAUGGAAAGUCGGGAAAGGGUUAUAAUGGUGGAGUGAUUAGUAGAGAAACAAAUAGAUUGAUUCUAAAAUUGGUUGCAAAAGCUACCAGAAAGGGUGAGAACGAAGACUAUUUUAUUUCGGAUGAUUUUAUUCGAAAAGGUCAAUACUUCCAUCUUGCUGUUGCUUUAAUACUUACCUAUGGCUAUCAGAUUGACUAUACAGCUUCUGAGAAUAGGCUGGAGGCAGAUGAAAUUAUCUACGUGGAAAACCAGAUUACCAAAAUCAGAUCUCAUGUACAGAACUUCCAGGAUUUUUUGCCCAAUCCAUUUAGAUUCUUAUUGAAUGUAUUCUCAGGCAAGAAUAGCUUUUCACGCAAACUCUAUGAAAGAAGAAAAGUCUAUCUUGAGAAGUAUUUCAAAUUCAGCAGAGAAAACAUCACAUAUCCAAAUUCGGCCGUCCGAAGGAGUCUCAUGUAUCAUUAUUUCAUGGAUGGUGAAAAUUGCGUCAAGCGAGCUCAAAUGGCCAGUAUCUGUUUAACUAUGGUUAGUGCAGGUUUGGACAACACUCCUUUGAAUUUCAAAUACGAAUUACAUCAGCUUUCUCACUCUCCUCAUGUGUGCAAAAAAGCCUACAAAGAGUUAAUGGAUGGCUUUGAAAACGAUCCUGUGAAGGCUUACCAAAAUUGCCAUAAGGAAUUGAAAUGCCAGUACAUAGUUGCGAUAGUCAAAGAAACACUCCGUCUCUUUACUGUACUACCGAUGGCACUUCCAAGAGAGACCACUGAGCCAAUUACCUAUGGUACUGCUGUAAUUCCUAAGGGAACAUUACUUUUUAUGAACAGCUGGGCAGGCAACCAUGAUCAAAAUGCUAUUUACAAGCCUAUGGAGUUUAUUCCAGAAAGGUUUCUCAGCUCUGAUGAUGAUGGCAAUGAUACAAGCUCAUCGCUUAAACAUUUUGCCUUUGGGAUUGGUUCCAGAAUGUGCUUGGGCAAUCAUUUGGCUUUUCAGGAAUUAUACAUAUUGACAUGUAAGUUCCUUCUUCUGUUUGAAUUUCAGAAUCCGGAAAUGAACAAACUGAAUCCCUUGGAACUCAAUCAAUUUCCCGAAUCCAUUGCCAUCGAGCCUGAAAUUUUCAAUAUUUGCCUAAAGUUGAGAUCCAAAGAGUUCGUGAAUCAGGCUAUGGGACCCAGAGAAGUCAAGUUCGCAGAUGAUGUCACCAUGUAA